AUGCAGGAUACCACGGUCGGCAACGACCCUAGACCAACCUCAGCCCGAUCGAACAGCAGCUUCUCCUCUCAGGUCCUCGACCCAGCUAUCAACAUGACUACCGACACCUCGCGCCCUCCGCCUGAGUCGCUGGCGCCGCCGAGCGGCCCGCCCAAGAAGCGUGCGCGCAAUAACUCGAAUGUGACAGAGCGCCGCGAGUCGUUUGCGGCCAAGUCGUCUUCCCCGAACGGAGAUAAGAAGGACCCUCACUCCAUUCUCGUUCGAGAGAAGAAACAAAAGGCGUGCGCAAACUGUCGCCGAGCAAAGCUCAAGUGCAUCGUUGAAGAGAAUGAGUCCGACUGUGUCCGCUGCCGUGCCCGCAAGGAGCGGUGUAUCUUCUACCCCAGAGGACAUGACGAGGAUUGGCAGCAGACGCUGACAGCUGACGUGUACAAUGGCCUGCAGCACCUGUCUCAGAUGUCUGCUGCGGUUCACCACAUCCUGGAACACCUCACGCGACAGGGCGCAGUUCCUCCGAUGGAACAGCCCUUCCAGAGAUAUGAGGUUCCUGAGCGGGAACUAGCGGUGCUGCAGGGAUGGGGAGCUGAGCGUAAUCGCGAGCUUGCCGCAGAGGCAAACCGCAAGCGCAGGCGUAGCAAGAAGUCCGAGGACGACAUGGACGACUCUGCACUGUCCAUGGCGCCCUUCCCUCCCGACUACAAGAUGAUGGACGUCCACCAUCAGCAGGGCAUCCGCCCCUCAGACGUGCACAUGCAGCGUCUGGAGCGGAUCAACAGUUCUCCUGAUGCGAUGACGUUCCCCCCGGGACAGGGACCAAACAACUAUGGUGGUCCUAUGGGACCCGUGGAGAUGGGUGGCUUCAGGCCCAACGGACCGAAUGGCCCCCAUGGACCUAACGGACCCAACGGCCCCAACGGUCCCCCCGGCAUGCACCCAACCCCCACCUCGUUGCCCGCUAUCUCUCCUGUGGAGACUACGCACUUCAGCGCGUCAUCCGUCGACAGCACGCAGCCCGGCCCCGUUUCAGGUCCGAUGGCACCGCCUUCAAACCCUAGCAGCAGCACUCAAGGCAUCUUCGGGCUGCUGAAUGAAUCACGUCCGGCUCAAUCGCCGAGCUCUCAGGCACCGCCGAACCCAGCGUCCUUUGCCAGUGAGCAGCUCGGUUCCGCCGAUCCGCGCCCAAACAUCAUCAAGCGAGGACUCAUCGGAAACGGCGAGGCUAUCAGCCUUGUUAAUUACUUCCACUCGAAACUGUCGCCAUGGCUCUUUGGCUACCGCCUCGAGUUCUGCAAGUUCCCUUACAUCCCCCAGGGGCCCAGCACGAUUACGCCCUUCAUUCUGAGCGUCAUGUGCCUCGUUGCCGCGGAGCGCGUGCCCAAGUCCCACGAGCACCGCCCGGUCCUGGCGCGCGAGGUCACGCAGCUGCUCGUGAACUCUCCCGCGGACAGCUUCAUCUCGACGCUUGACACACCCUUUGGUGGCGGUACCGGCGCUAAGGACGAGGAUGGCGAAGAGGAACUGGACCCGGAAUUGGGAAUCGGACCUGAGGAGAUCAUCGGUGCCUGUAUUCUCGCAACCUUCAUGACCGAGCGGGAGCAAGCUGCCACGAUCGCGAGCUCGGCAUUCAAGUGGGCCCGCGGUUGGAUCAAGUGGACGUCCCUCACUGUGCCUCUCCCUCCUACGCUUGGCGAGGUGUGCGGUCUGCUUCCCGUCAAGCGCGAUGCCACGCGCGAGGACAUGGCCCGCGUGUGGCUGCUGUGCUACAUCGUCGACGGCACGGAGGCGCUGCAGCGGGACAACCCUGCUACGCCCCGCCGUGAUCCGAUGGCGUACUGCCAGGUGCUGAUCCCGGACUCGCCCCUCCCUGGCGAGGCUUACCCUCCGCACGACAUCCUUCUCACGUUCCAUGCGCGCCUCAUCACCCUCCUGCGGGACUGGUAUCACAGGCGCUCGCAGCACGAGGCUGCAAUGCAGGGUGUCAACCCCGCCGCCCAGUCAGCCGCGCACGCCCGCCUUGCGUCCAGCAUCAAUGCGAGCCUCGAGUGGUGGCGCGCCGACCUCGAGAGCCACGGACUUGGACCCGAUUGGAUGCGCCAUAUAGACCUUUUCUGGGAGUUUGCGCGCAUGCUCGUGCAUGCUACGAGCGCGAAGAGUCUCGGCGGCAACCCGCGCCUGCGCUCUGCGUCGUGGGCGCACGGCAUCGAGGCCGCUGUCGGUUUCCUCGAGAAAUGCCACGCAUGGCCCUCUCGCGAAGAGCUCUGCAACCUGCCCCCGUGCUAUCUUUCUAUGAUCACCCUUGCCGGAUCCGUCCUCGUGGACGCUAUCAAGGACCAGGGUCUCAGCGGCUCGCCGUUCCAGGCCGAGGACGCGAUCCCGCUCCUGAACGAUGUCGCAGACAUGCUCUCGUCCGGUGGCCUGCCCCAGGCCCACGUCAGCCGCAACGCCGGCCAGACACUGCGGCAAUACGCGGACCAGCUGGCGCGCGUAUCAUCCGCCUAA